GAGGGAGCUAGCCCUGCAUAUGGCUAAGAACAGACCCCCUUGCUGAUGCAGUGGUGGAACUCGAGCCUCAACCCAGCGUGGAAGAAAUCCCACAAGGAGCAUCUACCUUGGCUUUUGUGUUUGAUGUGACUGGUUCAAUGUACGAUGACUUAGUUCAGGUCAUUGAAGGUGCCUCCAAAAUUUUGGAGACCUCUUUGAAGAGACCCAAGAGGCCACUUUACAACUUUGCACUGGUUCCCUUUCAUGAUCCAGAAAUUGGUCCUGUAACCAUUACCACAGAUCCUAAGAAGUUUCAGUAUGAACUCAGAGAACUAUAUGUUCAGGGAGGUGGUGACUGUCCAGAGAUGAGCAUUGGGGCCAUCAAAAUUGCUCUAGAAAUUUCUCUUCCUGGUUCAUUCAUCUAUGUAUUUACUGAUGCACGGUCCAAAGAUUACAAACUGACUCACGAUGUCUUGCAACUGAUUCAGCAGAAGCAGUCUCAGGUUGUAUUUGUUCUAACAGGAGACUGUGAUGACAGAGCACAUAUUGGUUACAAAGUCUAUGAAGAGAUUGCUUCAACAAGUUCUGGUCAAGUUUUUCACUUGGAUAAAAAGCAAGUUAAUGAGGUACUGAAAUGGGUGGAAGAAGCAGUACAAGCUUCCAAAGUUCAUCUCUUGUCUACAGAUCAUUUAACUUCAGGAGGAAGCUCUUGGCAAAUCCCUUUUGAUCCUAGUCUGAAAGAAGUUACAGUGUCACUAAGUGGUCCUUCUCCAGCAAUUGAAAUUCAUAACCCUUUGGGUUCACUUGUAAAGAAAGGAUCUGGCUUGAAUGAAUUACUGAAUAUUGAAAAUUCUGCUAAAGUAGUGAACAUAAAAGAUCCAGAGCCAGGAACAUGGACUAUUAAGGCAUCAAGUAGUGGACGGCACUCUAUUCGUAUCACUGGGCUUAGCAGUAUUGACUUCAGAGCUGGAUUUUCCAGGACACCAACCCUAGAUUUCAAAAUGACUUCUACCAGACCAGUACAAGGAAUACCUACCUACAUUCUGCUCAAUACGACAGGGAUCCAUUUUCCAGCUAGAGUAGAUCGUCUAGAACUGCUAAGUGUCACUGGAGACCCCCUCAAGACUGUUCCUGUGAAAUCGUUUCCUGAAAGGAACCCUUAUGGAAUCUGGAAUAUCUCUGACUUUAUUCCACCAGAUGAAGCCUUCUUCCUUAAAAUAACUGGCUACGACAAAGAAGGUUACCUCUUUCAGAGAGUUUCAAGUGUUUCAUUUUCUAAUAUUAUUCCUGGUGCUCCAAAAGUAAGCAUGCCCAAGAAAACCCCAGGAUACUAUCUGCAGCCAAGUCGCAUUUCUUGUCAUGUAGCCAGCCUCAUACCUUUUACUCUUCAUUUUAGUAGAAAUGGAAUUAAGCUGGGAAUGGAACAGUUUUUCAAAGAAUCUGCUAUUGUAAAUUGGGAGAUUGCCAAGGUAUCCCUGUUGGAUGAGGGCUACUAUGAAUGUAUUGCUAGCAAUACUGCAGGAACCGGACGUGCAGAGACAUUUUUGGAUGUAUCAGAACCCCCACCUGUCAUACAGGUUCCUAACAAUGUUACUGUCACUCCUGGUGAUAGAGCCAUUCUUACAUGCUUAACUAUGAGCACAGUGCGUUACAAUCUCACCUGGCACAGAAAUAACAGGGAUGUGAAACUCUUAGAGCCCUUGAGGAUGCGAACGAUGAGCAAUCUCUCUCUUGAAAUCAAAACAGUCAAACUGUCAGAUGCUGGAGAGUACAGCUGUGUGGCUUCUAAUGAAGGUGGUUUCACCAGGGCAUCUGUAUUCCUUACAGUGCAAGAACCACCCAAAGCUAUUGUAUCACCCAAGAACCAGUCAUUUACUGAAGGAUCUGAGGUGUCUGUCAGUUGUUCUGCAACAGGUUACCCAAAGCCCACUGUGGUGUGGACACAUAAUGAUAUCUUUCUCAUGGCGUCCCACAGGUACAGGUUAACUCCUGGAGGCACUUUGAUUAUAAAAAAUGCAGUUCCAAAGGAUGCAGGGAUCUAUGGUUGUUUGGCUAGCAAUGCAGCUGGAACAGUCAAAGAAACAGCUGUUCUCACAUACAUUGAGUUCCCUAGGGUGACUGUAGUCCAAAAUGAACUUCUGAUUGCUCUUGGAGACACCUCUAUCAUGGAAUGUAAAAGCAGUGGGGUCCCACCUCCAUCAAUUAAAUGGUUUAAAGGGGAUUUAGAGUUGAGGGCAACAGAGUUUCUUAUUAUUGACUUCUCUCGGGGUAUCCUGAGGAUUCAGGAAACACAAGAUCUGGAUGCUGGUGAUUAUAUGUGUGUUGCCACAAAUGAUGCAGGAACUGCAUCUGGUAAAAUCACUCUGGAUGUUGGUUCUUCUCCAGUUUUCACACAAGAACCUAGUGAUGUAUCUGUGGAUAUUGGCUCAAACGUAACAUUGGCUUGCUAUGUUCAGGGUUAUCCAGAACCGAAGGUGAAGUGGCAACGGUUGGAUGGCACCCCACUUUUCUCAAGACAUUUUGCAGUUAGCUCUGUCAGUCAACUCAGAACAGGAGCCCUUUCUAUUCACAAUUUAUGGGUUAAUGAUGAAGGAACAUACAUCUGUGAAGCUGAAAACCAGUUUGGAAAGAUUGCCUCAAAGCCAGCUACAGUUACAGUGACAGGACUUGUUGCACCUCUAAUUGGAAUGAGUCCUGCAACAGCUAAUGUCAUUGAAGGGCAACAACUGACUCUGUCAUGUGUACUACUGGCAGGGAACCCUAUCCCAGAGCGAAAAUGGAUUAAAAAUAGCAUGGUGGUGGUCCAGAAUCCCUAUAUCAGCCUCCGGAGUGAUGGGAGUCUUCACCUUGAAAGGGUUCGACUUCAGGAUGCUGGAGACUACACUUGUACGGCAGGCAAUGUUGUUGGGACAGACAACAAAACAACCACUGUCAAUAUCUUUGUUCCACCCAUAAUUCAGCAUGGACAACAGAUAUUCAGUACUAUAGAAGAUGUCCCAGUUACGUUGCCUUGCAAAGCCAGUGGAAUUCCUAAGCCAUCCAUAGUAUGGUCCAAGAAAGGAGAAGUGAUUUCUCCCAGCAGUUUAAAGUUUUCUGCAGGGUCUGAUGGAAGUCUUUAUGUAGUUUCUCCGGGAGGCGAGGAGUCUGGGGAAUACAUCUGCACUGCGACGAAUGCAGCAGGUUAUGCUACGCGGAAAGUACAGCUGAUGGUCUACGUAAAACCAAGAAUUUCCAGACCUGGAAUUCAGCAAGGAAGUUCAUCAGAUAACCCAACUGAGAUAUCAGUAACAGUUGGGGAAGAAGUGACACUUCCCUGUGAAGUGAAAAGUUUGCCACCUCCUAUAAUCACCUGGGCUAAAGAAAUGCAGCUUAUCUCUCCAUUUUCUCCCAGACAUACCUUACUCUCUUCAGGCUCAAUGAAGAUCACUGAGACAUGGGUGUCAGACGAUGGCUUGUACAUCUGUGUAGCCACAAAUAUUGCUGGAAAUGCAACCCAAAAAGUAAAACUACAUGUACAUGUUCCUCCAAAGAUACAACAUGGGCCUCGAGUGAUUAAAGCAAAGGUUGGUUACAGAAUCAAUAUACCUUGCAAUGCUCAAGGAAUCCCACCUCCAAGAAUUACUUGGCUUAAAGAUCAAAAUCCCAUUUUGAUAGACAACAGAGAGUAUGCUACUUCUCCAGAUGGAACCCUGAGUAUCAUCAAAGUUCUGCUUUCAGAUUCUGGAAUCUAUAAGUGUGUGGCCAGUAACAUUGCUGGCCAUGAUGAAACUGAGAUAAUGAUCCAGGUUCAAGAACCUCCAACUGUAGGAGCACUUAAUCCACCAUACAACACUCCAUUUCAAGAAAGAAUAGCAAAAGAACAAAUUGCGUUCCCAUGUCCAGUCAAAGGUACCCCAAAGCCUAUGAUAAAAUGGCUCCAUAACAACAGGGAGCUUACGGGCAAUGAACCUGGGCUUUCAAUUUUGGAAGAUGGAACGUUGCUGGUCAUUGCUUCCGCCACACCGUACAACAGUGGAGCCUAUAUCUGCACGGCAAUCAAUGAAGCUGGAAACACAGAAAUAACUUACAAUCUGAAAGUUUAUGUUCCACCUGAAAUCAAAGAUCAGGACAAGGUGACUAAUGCAUCUGUGGCCGUUAAUCAGCCUAUAGGUCUGUUCUGUGAGGUAUCUGGUGACCCUUUCCCAGUCAUCACUUGGUAUAAAGAUGAUAUGCAGGUUCUGGAGAGCAGUACUUUGCAGAUUUUGAACAGUGGAAAGUUGUUGAAACUUCUUAAAGUUGCAACUGAUGAUGCUGGCCAAUAUUCAUGUAAAGCCACCAAUAUCGCUGGGAGUUCAGAGAAAUUUUUCACUAUAGAUGUGCAGGUCCCACCCAUUGUAAGAGAUAUUGAACCCAAUGAAUUUUCUGUCAUCCUCAGCCAAGAGGCAACUUUAGAAUGUAGAGUCAGUGGGUCUCCUUUUCCUAUCAUCCAGUGGUUCAAAGAUGGCAAGCCCCUCUUUUUAGGUGAUCCUAAUAUUGAGAUUUUGGACAAAGGUCAGGUCCUUCAAAUAAAGAGUGCUCGAAGAAUUGACAAAGGACUCUACCAAUGCAGUGCAAGUAAUUCUGCAGGCAAACAGUUUAAGGAACUCAAACUCAUAAUCCACAUCCCACCUGCAAUUAAAGGAGAAAAUAUUACCACCAAGGUGUCAGCAUUGCUAAAUAGUACCUUAAAGCUGGAUUGUGAAACAAGAGGAAUCCCAGCUCCUACAAUAACAUGGUAUAAAGAUGGGAGUCCAAUUAUUUCUAGUCCCCAAGCCCUUUAUUUGGAAAAAGGGCAAUUUCUCCAGAUUCCUCGUGCUCAAGUCUCUGAUUCUGCUAAAUAUACCUGCCAGGCAACCAGUGAAGCUGGAAUGGCUGAAAAAAUAUUUCAAGUAGAUGUCUAUGUGCCCCCAAUGAUUGAGGGUGUCAGUGAAACCAUCAAAAACAAACAAGUGGUUCUUGGAAGUUCACUGAUAUUGGAAUGUAAUGCAGCUGGCAACCCUGCUCCCCUGUUAACCUGGCUGAAGGAUGGUGUUCCUUUAAAAGCAAGUGACAACGUCCAUGUUGUGUCUGGUGGGAAGAAGCUGGAGAUCCUGAAUGCUGUUGAGGCUGACCAUGGCCAGUAUGUGUGUGUAGCUACCAGCAUAGCUGGGCAACAGGAAAUCAAAUAUGACGUGGAAAUCCUAGUUCCACCAAGUUUGGAAGGAGGAAAUGAAUCUUCAGACUACAUUGUGAUUCUCCACAACCAGCUGGAAUUGGAAUGUCCAGCAGUAGGAACACCCCUGCCUAUGAUCACAUGGUUAAAAAAUGGCCAGCCAAUUGAAGGAGGAGUUGGAUAUAAAAUUUUACUCAAUGGACGCAGGCUUCUCAUCUCUCGGGCUGAAGUGUCAGACACAGGCCAUUAUCAGUGUAUAGCAACCAACAAGGCAGGAGAGAACAAAAAGGAAUUUGAUGUGAUUGUGCACGUCUAUCCAACAAUCAAAAUGAAUGGACCUUCUGAAAGAUUUGUGGUGAUACACAAACCAGUAACCCUGCAGUGCAUUGCUAAUGGCACACCAAUCCCUUCUAUCACAUGGUUAAAAGAUAGUCAGCCUGUAAACACUGCUAGAGAAAACAUUGGACUGGAAUCUUCAGGGCGCAUUCUACAGAUUGCCAAGGCCUUAAAAGAAGAUGCUGGCAGAUACACCUGUAUAGCAACAAAUGCAGCUGGGGAAGUCCAGCAAUUCAUUCGUCUGCACGUAUAUGAGCCACCCAGUCUGAAGGAUGCAGGAAUGAUAAGAAAUGAGACUGUUAUUGUGAACAAUCCAAUACAACUAGAGUGCAGAGUGUCUGGAAAUCCUGUGCCAGUUAUCACAUGGUACAAAGAUAAUCUUCCUCUCACCAAUGUGGCUGGCAUCACUUUCUUGAACAGAGGGCAAGUUGCCCAAAUAGAUGCAGCCCAGAUCUCUGACACUGGGAUUUAUAAAUGUGUGGUGGCAAAUGCAGCAGGAGUGGCUGAAUUAUUCUACAGUCUUCAGGUCCAUGUUCAGCCCUCCAUUUCAGGGAAUAAUGAAAUGGUAACUGUUGUCGUUAAUAAUCCAGUGAGGUUGGAAUGUGAAGCUCGUGGAAUCCCUGCUCCCAUUCUGACCUGGCUGAAGGAUGGCAGUCCUGUUUCUAGUGUUUCAGAUGGACUGCAGAUUCUUUCUGGAGGUCGCAUCCUGGCACUGACAAGUGCUCAGAUCAGUGAUACAGGAAGGUACACAUGUGUUGCAGUAAACGCAGCAGGAGAAGAACAAAGGGAUAUUGAUCUCAGAGUUUAUGUUCCACCUAAUAUUAUGGGAGAGGAACAGAACGUCUCUGUGGCCAUGGGGGAACAUUUGGAACUCCGCUGCCAAAGUAAUGCUAUCCCUCCACCCACGCUUCAGUGGCUGAAGGAUGGUCAGCUGCUGCAGAAGAAGGUGGGCGUCACCAUUACGGAAGGUGGGAGUGUAUUGAAGAUUGAACAAGCACAAGUGCAAGACACUGGACGCUAUACUUGUGAAGCGACAAACAUUGCUGGGAAAAUGGAAAAAAACUACAAUGUCAAUGUAUGGGUGCCACCAAGUAUUUACAGUUCAGAUAUGGUAACUCAGCUGACUGUAAUUGAAGGGAACCUCAUCAGUAUGAUGUGUGAGUCCAGUGGAAUCCCACCGCCCACUCUUGGGUGGAGAAAAAAUGGUUCUCCACUACUAGCUGACCCUACAGGGAGAGUCAGGAUCCUAUCAGGAGGAAGACAGCUGCAAAUUUCUAUUGCUGAAAAAUCAGAUGCAGCCUCCUAUACGUGCAUAGCUUCAAAUGUAGCUGGAAUAACAAAGAAAGAAUAUAAAUUGCUAGUGUACAUUCGUCCAACUAUACUGGACAAUGGGAAUGCACAAUCAGACGUCACUGUAACUCAAGGGAAUGACAUUUCACUUGAAUGCCAAGCGGAUGGUAUUCCUCAACCAGCUGUCACCUGGAUGAAAGAUGGUCAGCCAUUAGCCAAUGGGAGAGGAGCUGAAAUACUAAAUGAGGGGCGUGGUCUUCGACUUAAAAGUGCACAGGUGUCGGACACUGGUCGCUAUGUAUGUGUUGCUGUGAAUGUGGCAGGAGUGACCGACAGGAAAUAUGACUUAAAUGUUCAUGUCCCCCCAAGAAUUGUGGGUAAUCUGGUUCAGCCAGAAAAUGUAAGUGUUGUGGAGAAAAGCCCCGUCACACUGAUUUGUGAAUCUUCAGGAAUUCCCCAUCCAUCAGUAACAUGGUUGAAGUAUGGACAGCUGGUCUCUUUAAGUAACUCUGCAAGAAUCCUAUCUGGUGGCAGGAUGUUACGUCUAAUGCAGGUGAAAGUGGAAGAUGCUGGUCAUUAUAUCUGUGUGGUGACUAAUGUAGCAGGAGAAGACAGGAAAAGCUUUGAACUUUCAGUGUUAGUUCCUCCAGGCAUUGUAGGAGAAAAUAAACUGGAAGAUGUAAAAGUGAAAGAAGGACAUAGCAUUAUGCUGACAUGUGAAGUGACAGGGAAUCCUGUUCCAGGAAUCACUUGGCUAAAAGAUGGGCAAACUCUUCUAGAGGAUGAUGGCCAUCAGUUAAUGUCUAGUGGACGCUUUCUUCAGAUUACAAAAGCUGAAGUCGCUGACACAGGGAGAUAUACCUGUGUUGCCUCCAAUACAGCUGGAGACAAAAGUAAAAGCUUCAGUGUUAAUGUACUUGUGUCUCCAUCCAUUGUGGGUGCAGAUAAUGAUGGGGGUGCAGAAGAAGCCACGGUUAUCUUAAAUAACCCAACCUCCUUGGUUUGUGAGGCUUAUUCAUAUCCACCUGCCAUAGUCACUUGGCUGAAAGAUGGAGCUCCCAUAGAGUCAAACAAGAACAUCAGGAUUUUGCCAGGUGGUCGAACGCUACAAAUUCUGAAUGCACAGGAGGGCAACUCUGGUAGAUAUACUUGCAUAGCUACAAAUGAAGCAGGGGAAACGUUAAAACAUUAUGAGGUGAAAGUCUAUAUCCCUCCUAUGAUAAGCAGAGGGGAUUUGUCAGGAGUGGGCUUGUCCCCUAAAGAGGUGAAGAUCAGAGUGAACAACAGUCUUACCCUGGAAUGUGAAGUUCAUGCAAUUCCUGCUGCUGGCAUCAGAUGGUACAAGGAUGGACAGCCUAUUACAUCAGAUGAUCACCUAACAAUCCAAGGUGGUGGACGUAUCCUUCAGAUUAAGGCAACUCAGAUAUCUGACACUGGCCGAUACAGUUGUGUUGCCUCAAAUAUAGCUGGCGAGGAUGAGCUGGAGUUUGAUGUCAGUAUACAAGUUCCUCCUAGUUUUCGAAAACCAUUUGGAAGCUGGGAAGAUGGAGAUCUGCUAAGUAGAGGACAAGGGGGAGGAACCAAAGAUGUGAUUGCAAAUAAUCCUCUGUCUUUAUACUGUGAAACUAAUGCUGUGCCCCCUCCAGUACUUACAUGGUAUAAAGAGGGUUUUCCACUGAGUUCCAGUGAUAAAGUACUGAUACUUCCAGGAGGUCAUGUGUUGCAGAUUCCAAGAGCUCAGAGUGAAGAUGCUGGACGAUAUACUUGUGUGGCCAUGAAUGAAGCAGGAGAAGAUUCUAUCCAAUAUGAUGUCCGCGUGCUUUUGCCACCAUCCAUUAAUGGUGCCAAUGGUGAUGUGACUGAGGAGCUGACUAUCCUUAUGGACAAAAUGGCAAUGAUGGAAUGUAGACCAAAUGGCAAUCCUUCUCCAAGCAUAAUCUGGCAGAAAGAUGGGCAGCUAAUACUUGAAGAUUCCCAUCACAAAUUCUUAGUAGGCGGAAGAACUCUUCAGAUCCAUAAUACUCAAAUAACAGAUACAGGCAGGUAUGUCUGUGUUGUGGAGAACACAGCAGGACGUGCCCAAAGAUAUUUUAAUCUUAAUGUCCAUGUGCCUCCCAAUAUUAUUGGAAUUAAUCCUGAGAAUUUAACUGUUGUGGUGAAUAACUUCAUCUCAUUGACAUGUGAGGUCACUGGCUUCCCACCUCCUGAUCUCAGUUGGCUCAAGGAUGGAAAACAUCUCAACUUGAACACAAAUGUUCUCAUUGUUCCUGGUGGUCGCACAUUGCAGAUUCCGAGGGCACGUUUAUCUGAUGGCGGUGAAUAUAUUUGCAUAGCCAGAAAUAGUGCUGGAGAAAGCAUCAGGAGGAGUUUCCUUACUGUUUAUGUUCCUCCAAGUAUUAAAGGCCACAGCAGCACAGCUCUUGCCGUAGUCAAUGUGAGAGUGGGAAUGCCAGUGACAUUAGAGUGUGAAUCCAAUGCUGUUCCACCUCCCAUCAUCACCUGGUACAAGAAUGGGCGUAUGAUCACAGUUUCAUCCAAAGUAGGGAUUACAGCAGGUGGACAGACACUCCAUAUCAAGACUGCUGAGGUAUCUGAUACAGGCCAAUAUGUAUGUAAAGCCAUAAAUAUUGCAGGACGUGAUGACAAAAAUUUCGAUCUUAAUGUUCAUGUACCACCUACCAUUGAAGGCCCUGAGCAAGAGUGGAUCAAUGAAACCAUCAGCAACCCUGUAACUCUUACAUGUGAUGCUACUGGAAUUCCUCCACCAGCAAUAACUUGGCUUAAGAAUGGAAAACCACUUGAAAAUUCUGCCACCCUCGAGUUGCAUAUUUUGUCAGGAGGAAGCAAGCUGCAAAUUGCCAGGCCUCACUAUUCUGAUAAUGGAAAUUAUUCCUGCAUUGCUUCAAACGUAGAAGGCAAAGCUCAGAAAUUUUAUGUCCUUUCUGUUCAGAUUCCUCCAGAUAUUGUUGGUUCUGAAAUGCCAAGUGAAGUCAGUGGCAUCCUUGGAGAAAACAUCCAGCUUUCUUGUAAGGCCAGUGGAAUCCCUACACCUGUCAUUCAGUGGCUAAAAGAUGGAAAACCAAUCAGCAGUGAUGAAUCUCAGCGUAUCAGCCUGGCUCCAAAUGGGACCUUACUAAACAUUUUUGGGGCCCUUACAAGUGAUGGAGGGAAAUAUACUUGUGUUGCUACCAAUCCUGCAGGGGAAGAGGACCGAAUAUUCAGUGUGAAUAUAUAUGUGCCACCAACUAUCAAUAAAAAUAAAGAGGUACCUGAGGCCCUAACUGUCUUAUUAGAUACUUCAAUAAACAUUGAAUGCCAAGCUGUGGGCACUCCAUCUGCACAGAUAAAUUGGCUGAAAAAUGGUCUUCCCCUCUCUACAUCUUCCCACAUCAGGUUACUCUCAGGUGGACAGGUACUCAGAAUUGUUAAAGCACAGCUAGCUGAUGUUGGCAUGUACACAUGUGUAGCCUCCAACAGAGCUGGUGUCGACAAUAAACUUUAUAGCCUUCAGGUUUAUGUACCUCCAAGCAUAAACAACAGUGGAGAAACAGAAGAAGUAACUGUAGUAAAAGGGAAUCCAGUAUCUUUGGUGUGUUUGGCUAAUGGAACACCAAUACCUACUAUAUCGUGGCUGAAAGAUGGUCAGACUUUAAGCACUAGCUUUCACGUGACUCUUGAAAACCCAAAAAUGGGUAUUCAUAUAUUAAAGUCAGAGAUUAAUGAUACAGGUAGAUAUACCUGUAUAGCAUCUAAUGAAGCUGGGGAAGUCAACCAGCACUUUACUCUGAAAGUGCUAGAACCUCCUCAUAUUAAUAAAUCAGAUAACCCAGAAGAAAUUACUACAGUGAUUAACAACCCUCUAGAGCUCUUCUGUAUCUCAGAUGGGAUUCCAAUCCCCAAACUAACAUGGAUGAAGGAUGGGCGCCCACUGCCUCAAUCAGACAAUUUUCGUAUUCUAAGAGGAGGAGAGGUCUUUCGAAUAUCCAGUGCUCAGGUAGAAGAUACUGGAAGAUAUACAUGUUUGGCUUCUAGCCCUGCAGGAGAUGAUGACAAAGAAUAUUUAGUGAGAGUACAUGUUCCCCCUAAUAUUGCUGGCACAAGUAGUUCUCAAAAUCUGAGUGUGCUACAGAACCGGCAGAUUAUACUGGAGUGCAAAUCAGAUGCAGUGCCUCCUCCUGCCCUUACAUGGCUCAGAGAUGGAGAAAUUUUGGAGGCAACUCCCCGAGUUCGCAUCUUAUCCAGUGGAAGAUAUUUGCAAAUCAACAAUGCAGACCUCAAGGAUGCGGCAAAUUAUACUUGUGUUGCAAGCAAUGUUGCAGGCCGAACCGCAAGAGAGUUUGUGUUGGCUGUAAAUGUUCCUCCUUCAAUCAAAAGUGGUCCUCAGACUGUGAUUGCGAAUAUUAAUAUGUCUGCUGUCUUGGAGUGUGCUGUGGAAGGCAUUCCAGCCCCAAGAGUUUCAUGGAGAAAAGAUGGAACCCUUUUUGCUGGAAACAAUGUCAGAUAUUCACUGUCAGGUAAUGGAUCUCUUCAUAUACAUUCAGCCCAAGUUACUGACAUUGGGAGGUAUCUUUGUAUGGCAACCAAUGUGGCUGGCACUGAGCGUAAGCGGAUUGAUCUUUAUGUCCAUGUUCCUCCAUGUAUUGCUCCAGGACCUGUCAACAUCACAGUAACUGUAAAUAUACAAACCACACUACCAUGUGAAACUACAGGGAUCCCUAAGCCAGCCGUAACCUGGGAAAAAAAUGGGCAGGUUCUCAAUUUGGAUCAGAACCAGAACUUGUUCAGGCUUUUAUCUUCAGGAUCACUAGUAAUCCUUUCUCCUACUGUAGAAGACACUGCACUCUAUGAAUGUACAGUAGCAAAUGAAGCAGGCAAAGAUCAAAGGACCAUUAGUCUCAUGGUAGAAGUGCCACCAUCCAUAGCAGAUGAGGUUACAGAUUUAUUAGUAACCAAGUCGUCCCCGAUAGUCAUCCCUUGCACUGCAUCAGGUGUUCCAGUGCCGACAGUCCACUGGACCAAGAACGGAAUGAAACGUCCCUCACGAGGAAAUGGCUUCAGAAUUCUGUCUUCAGGUGCUAUCAACAUAAGUUCUGCUCAGUUGGACCAUGCAGGAAAGUAUACCUGCACUGCAAGGAAUGCUGCUGGUUCUGCCCAUAGACAUAUCACCCUUCAUGUUCAGGAACCACCGACAAUACGAGUGCAACCUGGAGCAUUAGACGUUAUUCUGAACAACCCAGUCCUCCUACCCUGUGAAGCACUAGGCACGCCUCAUCCUGUAAUAUCAUGGCAAAAGGAAGGGGGAAUAGGUAUACAAUGCUUCCCAGUGGCAGCCUACAGAUUGCUAAAGCUGCUGCUGAAGAUGCUGGAACUUACAUGUGUGUUGCUCAGAAUCCAGCAGGCACUGCUCUUGGGAAGAUCAAAUUAAAAAUUCAAGUUCCUCCAGCUAUCAAAUCCCAUCCCAAAGAAUAUGUGGUUGUUGUGGAUAAACCUGUCACCCUGUUGUGUGAAACAGAAGGC